AUGUCUAUUGGAGCCAUCCUGCAAAUCACAUCCUACUCUGUUGCCCAGAUGAUCGUUGGACGUAUCAUCGCGGGCAUUGGUAACGGAAUCAAUACGGCGACUGCACCAGCAUGGCAAGCCGAGACAUCCAAAGCGGCGUGGCGUGGCAAGCUUAUCGUCGUCGAACUCAUUCUGAACAUUGCCGGUUUUAGUCUGAGUAACUGGGUCACCUUUGGCUUCAGUUACGUCCCCAGUCCGGUGUCCUGGCGAAUUCCUCUGGCGUUCCAGUUCAUCUUUAUUGUCAUUCUAUAUGCCACAGUACCUUGGCUUCCUGAAUCUCCUCGAUGGCUUGUCUCGAGGGAUCGACAUGAAGAAGCAGAACUGAUCCUCGCCGAUAUCGAAGGCACCGAGGUCGAAGAUCCAUAUGUACAGACCGAAUUCCAGGAGAUCAAAUGGGCUGCCGACUAUGAGAAGACCCACCAAGUCCGAAUUCGCGACCUAAUUCGCGGCAAGCAAGGCAGCGAAGGUGGUAACUGCUCCUUGCGGCGCAUCCUUCUUGGUAUGGGAUCACAAGCGAUGCAACAACUAAGUGGAAUAAACGUCACUUCAUACUACUUGCCGACAGUUCUGAUCGAGUCCGUCCAUCUCAGCAACAAGACGGCUCGCCUGUUGGCGGCCUGCAACAGCGUCAGCUACCUGCUCUUCUCCCUUAUCGGGAUUCCUAACGUGGAGCGCUGGGGUCGCCGAAAGAUGCUCAUGUACGCUGCCGCUGGCCAGGGAUUCUGCUAUCUUAUCAUCACCAUCUUAAUUCGAUACUCGGAAUUGUAUGGGCCAACCACGGAGAAAGGAACCAAAAUCGCCUCUGCAAGUGUGGCGUUCUUCUUCUUGUAUUACGUCUUCUUCGGCAUCGGCUUCCAAGGUGUACCAUGGUUAUAUCCUGCGGAGAUCAACAGUCUUGCAAUGAGACAGAAGGGCACGGCGUUAGGUACAGCAACCAAGUGGAUCUUCAACUUGCAAGUCUACAUCCCCUUUGAUAUGGUUGUCGAGAUCACUCAGAUUGGUAUCCAGAACUUGCAGUGGAAGUUCUACAUCAUUUGGACGAUCCUGAAUCUUUCUUUCGUUCCCAUUGUUUUUUUUCUGUACGUCGAAACGGCUGGUCGCACACUAGAAGACAUCGACACCUACUUCCGCGAGCACCAUAACGUUAUAGUCUUCCGUGACGAGCUCGCCACCUCGUCCAAACGACCAGAGGAGUACAUCCGCAAAGAAGAGCAAGAGAUCCGCCGCAAGAGUUCCGUCAACCCUCGCGCCAUGAGUCUCGCCACAGGCCACCGGCGGUAUAGUCUCAUGAGUGCCGAGCAAGACCUCGGGACGACGGGCAUACAACAGUACGAGAAGGACGGAGAGUCGUGGCAGAGGAAGGAGGAGCUGUGA